GUUUCAGCCAACUGCCUCGUCCCGAUGCCUGGUUGGACUUGAUAACCAAGUACCUACUAGGUAGUAACUAUAGUACGCUGAUUAUCUCAUGAGCUUGAACCGACUAUAUCACGCCUCUUAUUGGCUUGGUGUGACCUCCGGCGAUUUUAUUGACUUUCCGAAAGAUGCGAUCGCCUUUGAGGAGAUUUCCGUGGGCAUACUCGAGUACAUCAAUCACAUCUACCGUACACUAUACGAGUCUCAACCUAGGGAUACUUAGUCUACAAACCCCAUGACGACACCAUCCCCCCUACCAUAAACAAAUCCCUCUACUAUACCUACCCCCUCCCACUGCCCAACACAUCACCACCAUAACAAGACACAAAAAAACAACAACACCAGAACUCCAUGCUAGAAUAUCCCUUUCCCUCCCUCCCAACCUUUCCAAGCCCCAAAACCAAGGGGAAGCAGAUCACCCAAAACCACACUUCACUCCGUGAAGUUCCGCAACUUGGUCAACUCAUCCAACAGCUCCUGCAGAUCCCCAUCCGAGAUCUUAUGCUGCAGACUGGGGAUGAGCGACUUCGCUUCCUCCGCAUUAUCGCAGCAG